AUGCGGCCGCCACCCCUUCCUCUUGUCAGUGGCUUUGGAGCAGAUGAACCUGAAGAGGGUGAUUCACCAGGUUUCAUGCACGAAGAGAAGGGAAACUCUAGUACCGCUAGCCCCAGCCCAGCUGCAACCCCGGCCUUUGGUUCAUCUCCUUCGUCAACUAAGCCUGGGGAUCAGUCUGGUAUCUGUACAGAGAGCUCUAAGCCGAGCAAGGAACCGCCAAGCAGGUCACCAUCUGCGGAUGCCACUGAGGAAGCGAUCAUUUCUAGAGACAAGAAUGAUAUGAUUAAGUCGCAAGAGGACAGCCAACCUGAUGGCGCAGAGAAGAGCCCGGAGCUGGAGUAUUCAACGCAUCUUGACAAGGUGGGAAGCCCCGGCUUGAGCGUGGCAAGUCCGAGAGAACGCAACAUCCCCGAAGAGAACGCGUGUCCAGCGGGUGAUACGCCCUCACCUACAUCGUCAACAGUUCCGGCAGUUGACACACCUGACAGCAGCCUUGACUUGGCUUCAGACAUCUCGGAAGAGCGCACAAAGAAGAGAAAGCUCAUAGAGAUGGAAGAGACUGACCUUGACUUGGACAGCAUGCUCGCUCAAUCUGCCAGCACACAUGAGGACGAGCUCCAUGGCACGAUUGUCGUGACGCCCCAUUCGAGGCCAGAGGACAUCGUGCUGACACCUAAGGAUUUGAGAUCUCGUAGCACUUCUUUGAGGCCUCAACGCCGGGUUUCGGGAGAGAAUAUUUCGAAUCGGCAACAAUUGUUGGAGGAUCCACAGGCACAGCCAGUGGAGAGCUCUCCGUCUGGCGUAGAUAUCGACAAGGGGCCAGUUGUUAUCUUCAGCAACACUAAUAUCCACGAGAAAAAGACGGUAAUGCGGUCUUUCAUCUCGAUUGGAGGUCACAUUACAACCUCGAUUAACAAGGCCACUGUACUUGUUAUAGGAGAUGGGCCUCUGAAAAAGACCGGAAAGUUCAUCAUGGCGGUCGCGAUGGGCCUCCAAGUGGUCACAAAACAAUGGAUCUUGACAUCAAUUGAGAAACGGCAGUUCCAAGAUAUUCGUGAAUUCAUCCCUAAUGAUCCCUCCCGGGAGCGAGAAUGGGGGUUCGGUUUAGAGCAAGCGAUCGCACAGGGUAAACAAGGUCUCACCCACUUACUUGCCGGCACCACUGUCAUAUUCACCAGACAGCUCAAAACGGAUCUCGGAAAGAGCCUUGAGCGAGAACUAUCCCAGGUUGCGACUAUUCUGGGAGCAGAGGCGGUAAAGCACCGAUUGCCUGCGCUCAAGGACAAAGGAAAUUAUCAAGGCAAUGAACUUCUCAUCAUAGGAGCACCGCACGAUCCUCAAGGCGCUCAUGUCGGACGCCUAGGGCAUAAGCUGUUCAGUAAAGACAUCUUGACGAUGGGGGCUCUGAGGGGGGAAAUCGACAGGGACUCCGGGGAAUUCAGCCUUGAAGUUCCUCUGAAGGCCGAAGAGUCGGAUUGA